CCUUGGAAAAAGGCGUCAACACCAAAGCCCAUCUUUGAGCACAUACCGUCAAGAUGGCCAUCAAGCACAAUCAGAAGUUGGUCAAGAAUCACUUCCGCAAGGAUUGGCAGCGCUACGUGCGGGUGCACUUUGAUCAGGCCGGCAAGAAGAAGAGCCGCCGUGACAAGCGUGUCGCAAAGGCUGCUAAGCUUGCUCCCCGUCCAGUUGAUAAGCUGAGACCUGUCGUCCGAUGCCCAACCAUCAAGUACAACCGUCGUGUUCGCGCUGGACGAGGCUUCUCCCUUGCUGAGCUCAAGGCUGCUGGUAUCCCUCGCAAGUAUGCCCCCACGAUUGGCAUCAGUGUCGACCCAAGACGCCAAAAUCUCUCAGAGGAGAGCCUCAAAGCCAACGUCGAACGUCUACGAGAGUACACCAAGCGUGUGAUUGUGUUCCCUCGCAAGAGUGGCAAGACGAAGAAUGGUGACGCCUCCGCUGAAGAGGUCAAGAAGGCUCGUUCUGGCGAGGGUAUUACAUCCACUGUUGGUGGUAUCCUGCCAAUCAAGAAUGUGGCUGAGGUCAAGACGGUAAAGAUUGCGGAUGAGAAGAGCGAGGAGAAUGCCUACAGGAAGCUGAGACUUGCGCGGUCAGACGCUAGGUUGAUCGGCGUGCGGGAGAAGCGCGCGAAGGCCAAGGAGGAGGAAGAGGCUGCCAAGAAGAAAUAGAGUCCUAAUUGACGUCUCUUUCUCGUAUUUUGUCUUUGCAUGUGUGCUUGCGGCUGCUUCUGAUGGGAUCGGAUAUGCAUAGGCGCAUGGUGUGGCUGCUCACAAAAAGGUGACCACGACAUUACAGCAUUGUGCCGGGGACUUAGACAGUCUCGACAGAGCAAUUUACAACAGGGAAUCAACAAAUGUUGCAACG